GUAUAGUUAGGGUUUCAAGAAUUUCAACACUAUUAUUUUGUACCAAAAUGUGAUUUCACCAAAGCAUUUAGAUCUAUUCUCCACGAACAAACAAUUUUCACUACUACACAACACACACACACCGAAAAAAAAAAAACUCAGAAUUUAGGGCUAAUUCGUGUGUGUAAUGUAGUUGUGUAUGUGCAAUUUUCCCAUUAUAUGUUAGGGGACAUGCUUUGAAAUCUUGGAAUUUUUUUUUUUUAAAAUUAUUAUUUAUUAUUGGUUUUGGAUUAAUCUCUAUGCAAGUGCUUGAAGAAAUUGGUGAUGGGUUGAAUUUUGUUUUGGGUCAUGUGUGUUUAGUUCGAAGCUUUUGUGAAGGAGAUGAUUCUGUUUCAUUCAUAUAGGGUUUUUUUUUUUUUUGGGGCAGGAUGGACAUGAUGGGGAAGAUCCUAAGCAAAGCACUGCUGAUAUGACUGUUUUUGUGCAAAAUCUUCUGCAGCAGAUGCAAACAAGGUUCCAACAAAUGUCCGACUCGAUUGUUACAAAGAUUGAUGAGAUGGGAGGCCGCAUAAAUGAAUUGGAGCAAAGCAUCAAUGAUCUACGAGCAGAGAUGGGCGUGGAGAGCUCUCCAUCUCCGGUUCCCCCAACCAAGCCACAGUUAGAUGAUGUGAAGAAAGAGGAAGGUUCCGCAUAGUGUUAAUGCUGUGCAUGUUUUACAUGGAGUGAUGAGUUUGGUUUGAUGCCCACUUUCUUUGUCUGCGAUUAGUCUGGACUCUGGAGAAUGAAAACGCUGCUGUUAUGGAAUAUUAUUUAGUGCCUCAUGUGUUUUUGUAGUUAAUGUAAUGCUGUUUUUCUUUCAGAAAUACAGUGCCGGGAGUAGUUAUUUUCUCUCACAUUGAAAUGUGUUGGUCGUUUGACAUUAAUAGGGAAGUUAUGAAUAUGAAUAUCUGUUUCAAUUA